AUGUUCGGGAAAACAGACAAAAUGGACGUUCGGUGCCACUCGGACGCAGAGGCUGCCCGGGUCUCCAAGAACGCGCACAAGGAAAGCAAGGAGACCAAGGGCGCGGAAGGCAACCUCCCCGCCGCCUUCCUCAAGGAGUCGCAGGGCGCCUUCUCGGCGUCGGGCGCCGCUGAAGAUUGUAACAAAAGUAAAUCCAAUUCCGCAGCCGACCCGGAUUACUGCCGCCGGAUCCUGGUCCGAGAUGCCAAGGGGUCCAUACGAGAGAUCAUCCUGCCCAAGGGCCUGGACCUGGACCGGCCCAAGAGGACGCGCACAUCCUUCACGGCGGAGCAGCUCUACCGGCUGGAGAUGGAGUUCCAGCGCUGCCAGUACGUGGUGGGCCGCGAGAGGACCGAGCUCGCCCGGCAGCUCAACCUCUCGGAGACCCAGGUGAAGGUCUGGUUCCAGAACCGGCGCACGAAACAGAAGAAGGACCAAGGCAAGGACUCGGAGCUACGCUCGGUGGUGUCGGAGACCGCGGCCACGUGCAGCGUGCUGCGGCUGCUGGAGCAGGGCCGCCUGUUGUCACCGCCCGGCCUGCCAGCGCUACUGCCGCCAUGCGCCACUGGCGCCCUCGGCUCAGCGCUUCGCGGGCCCAGCCUACCCGCCCUGGGCGCGGGCGCCGUCGCGGGCUCGGCCGCCGCCGCCGCCGCUGCGGCUCCGGGUCCCGCCGGCGCCUCGUCCCCGCACCCUCCAGCCGUAGGCGGCGCCCCGGGACCGGGGCCCGCUGGGCCUGGGGGACUGCACGCUGGCGCGCCGGCUGCCGGCCACGGCCUCUUCAGCUUGCCGGUGCCCUCGCUGCUCGGCUCGGUCGCCAGCCGCCUAUCCUCUGCCCCGUUGACAAUGGCUGGUUCGCUGGCCGGGAAUUUGCAAGAACUCUCCGCCCGGUACCUGAGCUCCUCGGCCUUCGAACCUUACUCCCGGACCAACAAUAAAGAAGGGGCCGAGAAAAAAGCGCUGGACUGA